AUGGAUGAGAUGACUUUUUCCAAUCAUCCUGAGCUACAACUAGCCUGGCAUGGUGGAGUUGUUCUUCAAAAUAAUUUGUUUUACAGUUUGAAAACUAUGAAGCUGGUCAACUGUGAAGUUCAACCCUACGCAGUUCCAUCUAAUAUUCUUCCUUACUUAUAUAGCUUAAAAGAAUUGGAAGUACGGGACUGUGACAAUGUAAAGGUAAUUUUUAACAUGAAAGACACAGAUAUGGGCACAACAUUCCAAUUGCAGAAACUGACUUUACAGGGGUUAUCAAUGCUGACGCAUGUAUGGGAAGAGAAUUUUAAAGGAAUUCUUAGCUUUUCAAAUUUGCAACAUGUUAUUGUUAAAAGAUGUAACAAUCUGCGAACUCUAUUUCCUGCUGCCCUGGCCAAAAAUCUUAAGAAGCUUGAGAAAGUUGAAAUAGCAUCGUGCAGUGGAUUGAUCGAAAUUGUUGAAUUUGUGGAAGAUGUAGUAGUUGAUGUUCCAGAAAAGUUUGAGUUCCCUUGUUUAACCUGGUUGGAUCUUAAUGACUUGCCACUACUCUCAUACUUUUACCCUAAAGCAUUUAUGUUGGAAUGCCCUGAGUUAAAUAAUUUAUCUGUAUUGGAUUGUGGUAAGUUGGCAGUAUUUAGAAGUCUACAAAAUACACAUUUUGAGGGUCAUGGUGAUGGUAGUAGAACUUCAGAAAUAAGACAACCCCUUUUCUUGAAUCUGAAGGUCAUAUCUAACCUGAAGAAAUUGUGUCUUGAUUGGAAAGACACUUCAGCAUUAGUUUCAAGACUAAGGUCAGGACAACUUAAAGAAAACCUCAAAUAUCUGAACGAAAUUCAUCUGUUCUUGGAUGUGGAUGAGGAUGAGAAUCCUAUUUUUCCCUUUGAAAUACUUGAAAAGGCAUCCGAUUUACAAGAAAUGCGUAUAGGAUAUUGCAGGAGUCAGGAGUUAUUCCUCACUCAAAUCCCAAAAUUUGGCGAAGACAAGAUGCUUGGAUGCCUGAAAAUAUUGACACUGAACCAAGUAUCUGUCCUCCAGUCCAUUGGAUCAAAUGAUUCACCAUGGUUAAAUGCAACUUGUGAGAAGCUCCAUGACUUGAAUGUUUCCAUGUGUCCUGAUUUGACAACAUUGAUACAUAUUACUUCUGCAGUAUCAUUCUCUCAUCUAAAAAACUUGAAUAUAGCCAAAUGUCAUGAAUUGCAGUACUUAUUCACGUCCUUAGUGACCAAAAAGUUAAUGCACCUUGAGCAGAUCAUAGUCAAGGAAUGUGACUCAAUGAAAGAAAUAGUGGCAAAAGAGAAUCAAGAGGAAACAACUUCAGAAGUGAUCAAAUUUGAGCGGCUAGACUGGAUAUAUCUAAAUUCUUUAUCAAGUCUAGAAUGUUUUUAUUCUGGCAAUGACACUUUGCAGUUACCAUCUCUGUCACAAGUGAACAUACAAAAGUGUCCCAACAUGGAAAUUUUCUCUAAAGGAUCAAUACUUGUGAAGUCUUUUAGAGGAAUUCAAGCUUCAGACAACUCAAAUGAUGAAUUAGUCUUCCUUGAUGAUCUAAACACCUCAGUAAAAAGAGUGUUUCUACAACAGAAGUUUUUUGAAGGCGUAAACGAGAUGUGUUUUUCCAAUUAUCCUGCACUACAAGAAGCAUGGCGUGGUGAAGUAGGUCUGCAGAACAAUUUGUUAUACAGUUUGAGAACUGUGAAGCUGGUCAACUGUGAAGUUCAACCAUAUGCAAUUCCAUCAAAUAUUCUUCCUUUUUUUAAGUGCUUAAAAGAAUUGGAAGUACGGGAUUGCAGCAAGGUAAAAGGAAUUUUUGAGAUGAAAGACACAGAACAUAUGAGAAGAGAAUCCAAAUUGCAGAAAUUGACUUUACAAGGUCUACCAGUGUUGACACAUGUCUGGGAAAAGAAUUGUCAAGGAAUUAUUGGCUUCCAAAAUCUGAAACAUGUCUUUGUUAGUGGUUGUAAAAAUCUGCAAACUUUAUUUCCUGUGUCCUUGGCCAAAAAUCUCAAGAAACUUGAGAUACUUGAAAUAGAAUCUUGUGGUGGGUUACUAGAAAUUGUUGGAAAGGUAGAAGAGAUAGCAGCAGACAUAACAGACAAGUUUGAGUUCCCUUGUAUGACCUGGCUGGAUCUUUAUAAUUUGCCACAGCUUACUUACUUUUCCCAUCAAGCAUUCACACUGGAAUGUCCUUCUUUAAAUAUAUUAGCUGUGUUGUAUUGUCCUAAGUUGGAUUUAUUUCCAAGUGCACAUCCUGAGUGUGAGGGUGAUAGUACUAGUACUUCAACUAACAGGCAACCCCUUUUCUCAGAACUAAAGGCCAUUUCCAACUUGGAGAGAUUGACACUCGAUUGGAAACACACUUCGGUGUUAAGACAACUUACGGAAGACCUCAAAUACUUAAAUGAAGUUCGCUUCUUAUUUGAUGUCAGUAAGAAUGAGAAGCCUAUUUUUCCCUUUGAAAUAGUUGAGAAGGGACCAAAUUUACAAGAAAUGAGUAUAGAUUGUUGUCGCAGCCUCGAGAUAUUUGUCACUCCAAUCCCCAAAAUUGGUGAAUGCAAGAUGCUUGGACAAUUGAAAAUAUUGACAUUGUGCAAAAUAUGUGACCUUCAAUCCAUUGGGUCAGUGGAUUCUCCAUGGUUAAAUAUAAUCUGUAAUGACACUUUGGAGUUACCGUCUCUAAUACAAGUGCAAAUAUUGCAAUGCCCCAAGAUGUACAAUUUCUCACAGGGACCGAUAAAUGGAAAAUCUUUUAAAGGAAUUCAAGCUUUAGAGGACUUAAAUAAUGAUUUGGUCUUCCACAAUGAUCUUAACUCCUCUGUAAAAAGGGUGUUUCUACUUCAGAAGUUUUCGGAAGGCAUUGAUGAGAUGUGUUUUUCUAAUCAUCCUGAGCUACAACAAGCCUGGCUUGGGGCAGUUGGUCCACAAAACAAUUGGUUUUACAAUUUGAAUACCAUGAAACUGGUCAACUGUGAUGUUCAACCAUAUGCAAUUCCAUCAAAUAUAUUUCCUUAUUUAAAAUCCUUAAAAGAAUUGGAAGUGCAGGAUUGCAACAAAGUAAAGGUGAUUUUUGAUAUGAAAAGCACAAAAAUUAUUCUUAAAGCCUCCAAAUUGCAGAAAUUGACUUUACAAGGGCUACCAGUGUUGACGCAUGUGUGGGAAAAGAAUUGUCAAGGAAUUCUUAGCUUUCAAAAUCUGCAGCAUGUCUUUGUUAGUGGUUGUAAAAAUCUGCAAACUCUAUUCCCUGUGUCCAUGGCCGAAAAUCUUAUGAAGCUCGAGAAACUUGAAAUAACAUUUUGUGAUGAGUUGCAAACAAUUGUGGAAAAUGAAGCAGUAGUAGCACCAGUAACAGAAAAGUUUGUGUUCCCUCAUUUGAAAUGGCUUGAUCUUUUUUACUUGCCGCAGCUCAUUUACUUUUACUCUCAAAAAUUCACAUUGGAAUGUCCCGCAUUAAGCAGUUUAUCUGUAUUGGAAUGUGCUAAGUUGGAGGUAUUUCAAAGUCAGCAAGAAGCACAUUCCAAAGGAGAGAGCGAAGGAAGUAUUGCUUCAAUUAACAAACAGCCUCUUUUCUCAGAUCUCAAGGUCAUUUCCAACUUGGAGAAAUUGUCACUGAAAUGGAAAGACACUUCGGUAUUAUGGUCAAGGCUAAGGUUGGGACAACUUACUAAAGAUCUCACUUCUUUAAAUGCAAUUCACCUGUUCUUUGAUGUUGAUGAGAGUGACAAGCCUACUUUACCCAUUGAAAUACUUGAGAAGGCACCCAAUUUACAAGAAAUGAGUAUUGAAUAUUGCAGCAGUCAUGAGAUAUUCCUCACUCAAGACCCCAAAAUUGGGGAACACGGGAUGCUUGGACACUUGAAAAUAUUUUCAUUGAACAAUGUAUCGAAGCUUCAGUACAUCGGGUCAAAGGAUUCAAAUUGGUUAAAUGCAAUCUGUGAGAAGCUACUUAAAUUAAAUGUUUUCAGUUGUCCUGAUUUGACAACAUUGACACAUUCUACUUCUGCGGUAUCUUUUUCUUAUCUAAAAGAAUUGUAUAUACUCGAAUGUCAUGGAUUGCAGUACCUUUUCACAUCCUCAGUGGCAAAAAAGUUGAUGCACAUUGAGCUCAUUACUGUCAAAGAAUGUGACUCAAUGAAAGAAUUAGUGGCAGAAGAGCAAGAGGAAAUAACUUCAAAAGGGAUCAAAUUUGAGCAACUAGACAGAAUAGUUCUAAGUUCUUUAUCAAGCUUACAAUGUUUUUAUUCAGGCAAUGACACUUUAGAGUUGCCAUCGCUGAUACAAGUGGACAUAUGGGAGUGCCCCAAGAUGGAAAUUUUCUCUCGAGGAUCAAUAGAAGCAAAUUCUUUUCAACGAAUUCGAGCUUCAUCAGACUCAAAUGAUGAUUUGGUCUUUCACAAUGAUCUUAACUUCUCAGUAAAAAGGAAGUUUUUGGAAGGCAUGGAUGAGAUGUGUUUUUGCAAUCAUCUUGAGCUACAACAAGCAUGGCUUGGUGAAGUUGGUUCACUAAACAAUUUGUUUUAUGGUUUGAAAACCAUGAAGCUGGUCAACUGUGAAGUUCAACCAUAUGCAAUUCCAUUUAAUAUUCUUCCUUAUUUGAAGAGCUUAAAAGAAUUGGAAGUGCGGGAUUGCAGCAAAGUCAUGGUAAUAUUUGAUAUGAAAGACACAGAGUCAGAGAUUAUGGAUGAAGCAUCCGAAUUGCAGAAAUUGACUUUACAAGGUCUACCAGCAUUGACGCAUGUGUGGGAAAAGAAUGGUCUAGGAAUUCUUAGCUUUCAAAAUCUGGAAGAUGUCUUUGUUAGUGGUUGUAAAAAUCUGCAAACUCUAUUUCCUGUGUCCUUGGCCAAAAAUCUUAUGAAGCUUGAGAAACUUGAAAUAGAAUCUUGUGGUGGGUUGCAAGAAAUAGUUGGAAAAGUAGAAGACGCAGCAGUGGACAUAACAGAAAAGUUUGUGUUCCCUUGUUUAACCACGCUUGAUCUUUUUAAUUUGCCACAGCUCACUUACUUCUUCUCCGAAGCAUUCGCUCUGGAAUGUCCUGUGUUAAGUAAUUUAUCUGUAUUGGAAUGUGAUAAGUUGGGUGUAUUUCAAAGUCAGAAAAAUGCACCUCCCAAAGGAGAGAGUAAAGGUAUUACUUCACUUAACAUACAGGCUCUUUUCUCAGAUCUCAAGGUCGUUACCAACCUGGAGAAAUUGUUACUAGAGUUGAAAGACAUUUUGGUAUUAUGCUCAAGGCUAAGGUUUGGGCAACUUGAGGAAGAUUUCAAAUGUUUAAAUAAGAUUCGCCUGUUCUUUGAUGUCUAUAAGAGUGAGAAGCCUACUUUACCCAUUGAAAUACUUGAGAAGGCACCCAAUUUACAAGAAAUGAGUAUAGAAUAUUGCAAUAGCCUUGAGAUAUUCCUCACUCAAGACCCUAAAAUUGGUGAAGACGGGAUGCUAGGACACUUGAAGAUAUUGACGUUGAACAAUGUUUGGAAGCUCCAAUCCAUCGGGACAGAGGAUUCACCAUGGUUAAAUGCAAUCUGUGAAAAGAUACAUGAAUUAAAUGUUACCAAAUGUCCUGACAUGACAACAUUGAUAGAUGCUGCAUCUGCGGUAUCUUUUUCUUAUCUAAAAGAAUUGUACAUUGUCAAAUGUCAUGGAUUGCAGUACCUUUUCACAUCCUCAGUAGCAAAAAAGUUAAUGCACCUUGAGCUCAUCACUGUCAAAGAAUGUGACUCAAUGAAAGAAUUAGUGGCAGAAGAGCAAGAGGAAAUAACUUCAAAAGGGAUCAAAUUUGAGCGACUAAACAGGAUUGUUCUAAGUUCUUUAUCAAGCCUGAUAUGUUUCUAUUCAGGCAUUGACCCUUUGGAGUUGCCAUCUCUGAUACAAGUGGACGUAAGGGAGUGCCCCAAUAUGAAAAUUUUCUCUCAGGGAUUGAUAGAAGCGAAAUCUUUUCAAAGAAUUCAAGCUUUAUCCAACUCAAAUAAUGAUUUGCUCUCCAUGAAGAUAUGA